AUGGCCACCAGAACAUCCACCCGUCAAGCUGCUCAGAAAGCAAAGGAAGCCAUUGCGGCUGCUCCUGAUGUCAAGAGCCGGGGUCCUGCCGGCUCCAAGCGCAAGGAAAGUGUCGACAAGGGCCCUGCACCGAAGAGAGGCAAGAAGGACGACAAGGAGAACCAGGAGGCGACCGAGGGUAUGACCCCGGAGAAGCCCGACGUGCAACCUGUAGAGAAGCCCGAGCAGCACGCCGAAAAGGAGGCCGAGAAGACACCUGAUGACGAGCUGGAAAAGCCUGUGGAGAAAACUACCGAGGAAGCUGAGAAACAACCUGAGUCAAAGCCGGACGGCAAGUCCGAGGAUGCUGAAACCAAAGUCGAAGAGAAACCAGAAGGGACAGAGGAGAAGCACGAGGAAAAGCCAACCGCUGAAGCUGAAGCUGAAGCUGGCGUCAAGACCUCCCACGAGCGGGAAGAGAAGGUUGCGUCGAACGUUCUCGAGAAAGGGAUCAUCUACUUCUUCUAUCGGCCGAGAGUCAAUGUGACCGAUCCCCAGAAUGUCAACGAGAUUGCUCGGAGCUUCCUGGUGCUGCGACCGACGCCCAUUGGCGCGACUUUGGAUCACGAGGGCUCGGUGAAGCUUGGCACCAAGUGUCGACUGAUGAUGCUGCCCAAGAAGAAAUUCCCGACCUCUGGCAAGGAGCGAGACAUGGGAUUCGUCGAGAAGGCCGGACAAAGCUUAAAGUCGCUGCAGGAAAGCUUCAUCGCCGGUGAGACUUACGAUACGGCCACCCAGGGCGAGCGGAGCGUCCCCGAAGCCAGGCCGUACGCGGAGGGCGUGUACGCCAUCACGUCCAGCAAGCGGACUUCUCACCUGGCGUACGUCCUGACUAUCCCCAAAACGAUCGGGACGAUCCAGGAAGACUUUGGCCUCCAUUCCCGCGGCAGCUGGGUGGUUCAGUCGAAGAACCCCAAGCACCCCGGUCCUCCUCACGCCCAGAUCAAGCAGGAACCAGAGUAUCCCGACAGUGUGCGCGAGAAAUUCGGCGACUACCGCUGGGUUCCGUUGCAGCCCGAGUUCAUCGACUAUUCGAACGCGCAGUUCCUGAUGAUCGGGGCGGCCACAGACAGCUUGGGAAAGGCGGCGACAGUCGAAGAUGGCGAUGAGGAGGCCAACGAGGAGCAACCCGGUGAGGAGCUGGAGAAGCUGGAGAAAGAUAAUGAGGAGCGGAUCGAAGCACUGCGUGGCGACGACACGAUCUACGAGGAUUUGGGAUUGGAUGCGAAGAACUACCCGGCAGUGCCGACCACCUGGCACGGUCACUAA